CUCCGGAGCGUUCCGGCGGCUCCCUGGCGGCCCUGGGUGCUGCGGCAGCCGCCGGUUGCGAGCCGCGGUUACCAUGACUCUGUCCCUCUCCGUCAAAGGGACUGGAGCAGGGAGCGUCCUGUGGGCGCAGCCCCAGCCCCGCCGCCUGCGCUCAGGGCGCGGUGCCUCUGCCCUGCUCAGUGCAGCUCAGGCUCCCUCCCCAGCCGCCGCGCUCGCGGCUCCUGCUGCCGCUGCCCGGCUCCUCCACGCCCGCCCAGCUCCUCGGGGGAAGGACCCAGCCAGCCGGAGCCGCCACCGCACAAGUACUCUUGCUGGAGUGUCUAAGGGAUGUGAAGUUAGCUUCCAAGAUGACUCUUUUAACAGGAGAAAAUUCUGAUUAUGACUAUAGCGCCCUGAGCUGUGCUUCGGAUACCUCCUUCAACCACACGUUCUUUCCGGAAACAGAAACCCUCAAGGGAGUCUUUUACCAAAGAGCCAAGCUAAUUCACCCUGAAGAGGAUCUCUUUAAAAGCAUUCACCCUGAGGACCGGAAGCAUCAUAUCAUCAUAAAUGUAGGGGGCAUUAAAUACUUGCUGCCCUGGACCACACUUGAUGAGUUUCCCCUGACGCGCUUGGGCCAACUGAAAUUUUGUAAUAAUUUUGAUGACAUUCUAAACAUUUGCGAUGAUUACGAUGUGACGUGCAAUGAAUUCUUUUUCGACCGCAACCCGGGGGCGUUUAGGACAAUCCUGACAUUUUUGCGAGUUGGGAAGCUUCGGCUCAUGCGAGAGAUGUGCGCUCUUUCUUUCCAAGAGGAGCUGCUCUACUGGGGCAUUGAGGAGGACAGUCUGGAAUGGUGCUGCAAGAGGAGGUAUCUGCAAAAAAUGGAGGAGUUUACAGAAAUGAACGAAAGGGAGGACGAUGACCUCAUAGAGAAUGAAAACCCAGGCGAAACAGUGGAGGAGACAAGAGCCAGCUUGUGCAUGAAAAAGUUACAAGACAUGGUGGAGAGGCCUCAGUCUGGGCUUCCUGGGAAAGUAUUUGCAUGUUUGUCUGUAUUGUUUGUGACCAUUACGGCAGUGAACCUAUCCAUCAGCACCAUGCCCGACUUAAGAGAGGAGGAGGAGAGAGGUGAAUGUUCCCAGAUGUGCUACAAUAUUUUCAUCGUGGAGUCUGUCUGUGUGGCGUGGUUUUCCUUGGAAUUCCUGUUGAGAUUCAUUCAGGCAAAGAGCAAGUUUGUAUUUCUGAGGAGACCAUUAACCCUGAUUGACAUUAUUGCCAUUCUGCCCUAUUAUAUCACUUUACUAGUAGAUACCACUUCGGUGGGCUUUAAAAAGCCAACCUCUGGCAACAUCUAUCUGGACAAAGUAGGUCUGGUGCUCCGCAUACUCCGUGCCUUGAGGAUUCUAUAUGUCAUGCGGCUGGCCAGGCACUCCCUCGGCCUGCAGACUUUAGGACUCACCGCUCGCAGGUGUACCCGGGAGUUUGGACUCUUGCUGCUCUUCCUCUGCGUAGCCAUUGCGCUUUUUGCGCCGCUCUUGUAUGUCAUUGAGAAUGAGAUGGCGGACUCACAGGAGUUUACCAGCAUCCCUGCGUGCUACUGGUGGGCAGUAAUCACCAUGACAACAGUAGGCUAUGGCGACAUGGUUCCCAGAAGCAUUCCAGGCCAGGUGGUGGCUUUAAGCAGCAUUCUGAGUGGCAUUCUCCUCAUGGCAUUUCCAGUCACCUCCAUCUUCCACACGUUUUCACGCUCCUACAUUGAGCUGAAGCAAGAGCAGGAAAGAAUCAUGUUCAGGAAAGCACAAUUCUUAUUAAAAACUAAGUCUCAGCUAAGUAAUGCAUCACAAAGGAGUGACAUUUUAUUUCCCAGUAUCUCUUCUGAGACUAGGGACAACGACUGAAAUUUAAGUUGCCAUGACUAUCUGAUAUUCGGCAAAGUUAUGCAGUCAGAUAUCCCAUCUUACCAUUUGCUUUGGAAGCAUUUAAAGAAAUCUUUAUACAAAUAGCAAGAAAGGGGGUUUUAGCAAUCAAGCUGAUGUGGUUUUAAAAGCCUAUUAUUAAAGGCUUUUUUUUUUCUUUUCAACAAAAUGUACAGUUAAGACAGUUUUUCCCCAUGAGCUCCUGCAGUGGGAUAUUAGGAAUUUGAGUUCUCUGACUGAAAUGAGAACAAUGUAAAAUUACAUACUUGACACAGGCUGUGUUGUAUUUGUAAUAUAAAGUGAUGUACCAUUUUCCAACCAAGACAUUAUGUAGGUAUUAAUUUUGAUCAUUAAAUAAGUUCUUUAUUUUUGUCAUGUAUAUAAAUACUAUAAAGAUAACAAGUUCAAGUCUAAAUUCAUCCCUGGUGUACCUCCAUUGACUGUAGUAGAAUUAACCAAGUAUGUAAAUUACCCAUUGUGUCCUUAGAGAGGAUUAAACAAGGUGUGUGUCAUUUAGGGCAGACAAACAUAGUAUUUGCCUUGUGAGCCUUUCCUGAAAACAACAAUAACAAUGAAGAGGAGCUAUUGGUUUUUGGGUGCUUUGGGACAGGCAUGUGCUGAAGAUGUAAAUACUUAUCGCUCAGCAGCUUCUAAACUUAAAUGGGCUUAUACUGUAGCUCUGAUAUAGUUCAACAAAAUAUUCCCAGUGAUGGGUAGGAGGGUCUUGAGUUUUUUGACAUCCAGUACAGACGACAAGGAGAUAGCUAGCUGCAAAUUAAACCGAAUGUGCAUGAUAACAUCAUAGUAAUGAUGUCUGUUUCAAUGUUAUCCCUUUACACCAGAUAGAAAACAGAAAUUAAAAAGACUCUGUUUCUAGAUGAAGCUGCAGCAUUACUAAUCAGGUUGGUGCUGUGCCUUGACUGUAUGGCAUCUGGCUUCUUUAAAAAAAAAGCAAAGAGUAUUACAAGUUGCCAGUGAUAUAAAAAGGAAAUAAUAUCAAUUGAGCCACGGGAGACUAAGUCAGUCUCCCAUGACUCAAGACUAUAAGGUAUAAAGCUUUCAGCUAAUCCUUUACUGAUACAGUAGGCAUCUUAGCACUGAAGAAAAAUUAUCUUGGGAAACUUAAAGGCAACUAAAGAAGUUUAAUCCUGCAUCUUUCACUUUACUAGCCCUUAAACAAGUUGAUCUAAUCUGGCUCCCCCAGAAGUCAAUGACAAACCUCCCAUUCAUUUCAAUUAGAGCAGGUUUGGGCUACAUGACAACUCAAGAAACAACGUCCAGACAGGGCCGGUGCAAGGAAGUUUCGCACCCUAGGCGA